GUUUUUCAAAUAGAUUAUAUAUGAGGGAAUCUCAUCAUUUCUCCAGCAUUAUUCGGCAUCCUCCUCCAAUUACUUGGCGGUCUUCAUCCUCCGUCACACCCCGACUUCAGUUAGUUCCCUUCACCAGCCUCUCAGAAGUUCUGAGUAAGAAGAACUAUAUCUUUGUGCGUUAAGUACUCGUCGUCUUCUUCAUUGGGGAAGAAAAUUGUCCUCAUCGUCAUGUGUCGCCUUUCCCCCGUGAUCCUGGUCGGCUUGGCCGCCUGUUUGACAACCAGUGUCACAGGCCAACUCUAUACGCGAGUGGAAGACCUCAUGACAGUCUUCAAGCCUAAGCUGGGUCCCUUAAGGUGGAUUCAUAAUAAGAAUCCUCCCGUUACAUGCUUAAUUAUGACGAACCAAGCGAGAAAUGUUUACCACUCGCGCGUCGCAUACAUGGAAUCAUGGGACCGCUUCCGCACCGAUGACUCCGACCUACAAAAUCCAUCCAACUUUAACCCGCACUUUUUCUGCGCCAACGUCCCCAAGUUCCGUUUCUUGAGUUCCGGCGUCCUUGCUGACAGCCCAGACGUGCAUGAUUUCGCCCACACACCUCACUCCGAGUUCUGGAUGCGAGAGCCGACAGCUUGGUUCUGGCACAGGCGUUACAGCACCGACCUGGUAAACACCGCUUUACAACUCAUGACGGGGAAGAGGUUGGGACUUAUCUUUCGUGUGGAUGUGACUGGGAUCAAAAGCAGAGGUCACUUUAUGAAAGGCUGGUACCAUUUGAGAAUCAGGCUUGCCGUAGAUCACAAUUUAUCCAAGGAAGACGCAGAAAAACUUCUUGUACGUGUCGACAACCAACCCUCAGCCGCUGCCGAUGUGUUGGCCAACCACGUGAUUGAUAAACUCAUGGUGACGGCACGAGGCCUGACGCUCGCCGCUGGGAGACCUCGACCUCCUUGCGAACGUUGUGGACCCUUCCAGCAAACGGGACGUCCCCCAUUUAAGCCGGAGCCUCGGCCAACCCGUCGCGUGUGGGUGGGUGGAAUUGGCGAAUUUGUCCAAGACUUUCCCCCCUGCGAGGAGGACGGCUAUAGAAUGAAGACGGAAUAUGUCAAGCAACAGUUCAUGUCUUGUGGAACUGUCCAAUUCGGAGAAGCUCAUUACGGUAAUAACUUUUACUAUACGCGGACGCACAACAACAAGAAGACCAAGUAUGGCCAGACCCAGGAAACUGUCGAGGGUGAACCUGAAAUCCAUCUCAACUUUCGGCUAGACAACUCUUUCUGCAACCGCUACGCUGAGAUUGACUUUGUCGUAAAUGGUAUCGUGAUGAACAAAAAUGUUACGCCUGAAUCCUUCGACAACUGGGCCCACCACCCGUCCGGAAAACCUCGAGAUGAUUCGCCUCUUGAAUUCGUUUACCCCAUUCAACGCUCGAUAUCCACUCGAAUCCUGUUCUCUUCCUCGCAUGCGAUGCACGCUCCGAUCUUCUACGAAAGUGCCGACCCCAUUCCGCAUGGAGUGAAGAGCGUCCAGUGCAGCCAUCCGCUGCAGGGCGAAUGGGUCAUGAAUGACGCCCAGCCAUUCCAAAUGCCCGGAACAAAAACGCUACAUCGCAUGUCCGUCACUGCCGGGGCUGACCUCAAACUCAACCCCAAAGCGACUUUCGACUCCACCUUCGGCGGCUCGAUCAAGUUCAUCUUUGGCCUCCCGAAGGAUCUCCUUCUUAGCGACGUGAAAGAACUCGACUCCCCGAGUGACGAUGUCAACGCUUUUGGACUUCGCCGCACCUCCACCUACCAAGGUCCUCUAUCCGAGGAGCUUGGAGGAACAUUUUGGACAAAAUUUCGUGAUGUUCUAGGCCUACCGGAAGAAACUUCUCUCUCUUCCUGGCUCGUAAUCAUCGGCAUCGUCACCCGGGAAAUGAACGAAUUUGAUUGGGAAACUUUUAUCGCCGCGGACGAUCGUGAUCCGUCUAAUCCGGACGAUAGAAAUGGAACCUACUGCAGCAUACAUACUUUAACUAAUCUACUCUAUGAGCCAGGACCCACAUAUCUGCCGCACCCGUACUACGACGUGACUUGUUUGGGCGUGGAGUCCUUCCAAAAUUCGUCGGGUUAUAUAAUUAGAGCCAUUCCGUACCUCGCGAAUGAUGUUGAGAUUCAACAAAAAGGGCGGGACGAACAAUUCUACAGAAUGUUUCCUCCCAUCACGGGAAGGUGCAGGCCGCUCCUUUGGUGGAAUGAUGGUGUGGGGAGCUUGAAGGCAGCGGCGCCCAAAUGCGACGACUUCUUCCAAGAGUACAGAGACGGCAAGACGAAAGAACCCGCUCUUGCAAGGCUCGUGAAGAUGGUUGAUAAACAGCAUGAGUCGAGAAGUCGAGAGAAAUGGGAGGACAAGUAUAAGGAGUCGACGAAGAGGAAGGUCAUGGUUGACCUGUGCGAAAAGAUGGAAGAGGUGAAAAAAAAAUUUCCCUGCGCCAUCCCCGUUCCGCGACCCUACACGCCACCAACGUCCACUGAAAAGGGUGCAACAAAGCCACCAAAUGAGGAAAAAAUGGCGCUCAAGAUGAAAGACUCUAAUGCCUACAAGCGCGGCAUGGUUGUGAACGAGAGCCCAUACACCGUCUACAUCUGGGAUUCGAGACUGAUUCACGGCGUGAUUAUGACCAUCAUCGUCAUGUUCGUCACCCCGAUAUCGUUCUUUCUCACGCGAUACUUCAAGGAGACGUUCAUGAACACGCGACUUAUGCUGCUGCACCUCUGGUUCUUUGUCCACCUUUGGUCUGCGAUCGUGACGCUACUCUUGUUCUUGGUCGGGAUGUGGCGUUUGGUGGAGACGCGCGCUAUGCUCGGCGUGAGUCUGCACCCCACAGCGCGAUUGCAUCGAGUUCUUGGCUGGAUUUCUGUCUCCAUCGCGGCGACCAUGCUCAUCCUCGGUGGCUUUCGAUGCAUGAAUCGUCUCCUAAGAGACAUCAUUAUCAUCCUGCACUCGCUCCUCGGAUAUAUUUACUACGUCCUUUGUCUGAUCUGUAUGAUCACCUCGAUCCGCAUUCCCGGCUCCCCUGCAGCCUUUCAGGAUUUUUCCGUGGUGCCUUAUGUAUUGCAGAAUUUCAACAAAGAGGCCGUUUUCGUUGUCGUUGUGGUCUGGAUCAUAUUCGACCUGGUGAUGCAUUUCGUUAUGACGUUUCUGCAGUGCAUCAACGAUGGCAUCAUGAAACUUACACAUGGACGAAUCUAUCUCAUCGCACCCAUCCCCGUUAUCCUCGAAAGUGAUCGGUUCGACACUCCAGGUCAUCUCACUCGGAUCUGGAUGCUACGGGCUUACUCCUUGGUGGCUUUUAUCGCAACAAUCACCAUCAUCUGCUUUAUCUUGGGUCACUCUCCACGUGGUAAGGGAUUCGGGUUCAUGACCUGCACCCACCAUCCAGAGAACUUCGAAGUCAGGACGGAGUAUGAAUGUCCCGAAGGAUGGACCAUUUAAGAACAAAAGGUGGAGAUAUCUGGCUUGCAAUAUCGGACAGCACUUUCUUCUCUUGUUCAGAUGACAGAAAUGACGAACAUGUGCCGUAAAGUGAGAAAGAAGUUAUCCGCAAAGCAAUUGACAUGAUAUAGAAAAUUAUCAUUAUGAAUUGUAAUAAGCGACGAUUUACAUUAUUGUGUUAGCUUGAAGUUUAGUUGAAGUUUAAAUUUUAUGUACCUAACUAGCCUCACUACUGUAGCAUGAUUCAUGUUGUGCCAAAAGUCACUGUAAAUUUUAAAACUAUUUUCAUACUGGAUAAAAAAUGUUUUUCAAA